UGCUGCUUGUCAUUUCUGUUAUGUGUGUCGUGACUCCUGACACAUGAGAAUUGAGAUAACCCCUGAGAACGGAAAACAUUAAUUUCCAAUUUAAUCCUAAAACGGAAAAAUAAAAAGAGUCAUAUUACCUAACUUGUAGUUGGUUUCUGGUUUUUGAAACCGACCAAAUCAUGGCUCAUUUGCUGACACCUGCUCCUACUACCACCACCGCCCCAAUAGGCCUUUCCUCAAAACCCCGGAAAAGCUCCCCAAAUUCUUGGACGAAGGGACGAGUGUGCUGCCACUUCAUCUCUGAUCAGCAUGACCACCAUUCUCUUCGGCGCAGGGCAUUGAUGGGGUUAAGUGGCGCACUAGUGUUGGGGGGAUUGAGUUUGAGCGACGAGCGCGUAGCAAGUGCUGCCGGAAGAAGGCCUCCGCCGCCUCCGCCAGAGGAGAGAAAGGAUCCAAACGUGAGUGGUGUUCAGGCAAAAGUGUUGGCUAGCAAGAGGAGGAAAGAAGCCAUGAAAGAAGAAGUGGCCAGGCUUAGAGAGCGAGGAAAGCCCAUUAUUAAAGAGCCACCACCACCACCUGCACCUCAACCUGAAUGAACCCAUCAAUAAAUAUACUUUACAAAAUGUUAACCCCUUCCCUUUUUCAUCCUGUUCUUGUUUAAUUUAAUUACUCAUUUUAUCGUUUUACAAUUUUCCCUACGUUAGAAAUUCAACAUCAACCCGCCUGUAAUAUAGUUGAAGGUCACUAUGUAAUAAUCGAAAAUCAUUUGAUGGUUUGAGAUGUUCAAUAUAAUAAAUAAUACGUCUUAAUUAUCA